AUGUCCCUGAAUGUGCUAAACUAUAAAGGCAUUCAAGCAUAUAUGAUUAUUGGUACAAUUUAUCAGGGCGUUUAUAUCUAUCUGACAUGCACAGUGAUCUAUUGCGUGAUGGAGCGCUUUCUUGCAACUGUUUCCUCUAAAACCUAUGAAUUUCGAAGAAACUGGUUCGUACUGAUCGUUGGUCAAAUCACUGCGGGUAUCAUUAUUUUUCUUCACAUUCAUGUUUACCGUCUAGGUGGUACCAUCAGUGACAUGGUCCAGCUUGGGCUUUCGUUUGUGAUAUUUACGAUCUCGGAGAACGUCAGAGCACUGAGAUUGGUCGCUCCUGUGGUUCUCCUAGAUACAAGCGUCACCAUAACUGAUAUGAUCGGCACGCUUUUCUUCGACGUUCGACCUGCAUUUGACCGUGAUAGCUACGUAUCCGGAUCAAGUAGAUACCUAGUAGCUUACAUAGUGUUGCGUGGAGCAGCUGUUAUUCUGCAAUACGGGAUUCCAGUUGCGAUUGUCAGCCACGAAACGUUACGGAAGGUUGCAUGCGGAUCGCUGUCGAAGGUUACUGGCAAGCCUUCGUGCACCCGGACUGACGAGGUGGGAGAGAUUGAAGCUCGACGCGAAAGUCAUCAGGCUGUUUACUUCAACUACAUUCGCGAUCAGUGGGCGUAG